GAGCAGAAGAAGAAGAAGAAGAAGAAAGCGCAGAAGAAGAAGAAGGAGGAGGAGCAGGUAACUGUCAGCGCAGAGACGAAAACAGUUCACCUCCGCGCUCCCGGACAGCAUGAAACAUUUUCUGCUGACUGAAAAGAAGCCUUUAAUUUAAUCACUAAAAGACACAAAGUGGAGCGACAACAGAAGGGCCUCGUCGAGAAGCGCAUCACGCUCGUUUUCCUCGUCCGCUGGAGUAAGCUAGCUUAGCCCGUUAGCUUAGCAGCGACUCAACUCACCCGUGUCCGUCCGUGCAGAACUUCAGCAUCGGGAGCGAGGAGAUCCAGUCGGAGCUGCACUAGACCUGACCCGAACCCGACUCUACAGUUCCAGCUGCACGUUCUGGGUCCAAGCGCGACUUUUGCACGCAGAGAUUUCACAAAACCGCCACGAAAAAAACAUCCUGCAAAACAAGGAAGUCUGGAUGAACUUUGCUGCUAGCCUGCUAGCUAGCACUUAGCCAGCCCUGCAGCUUGCACCGUUUCAUUGUGCUGCUCUCUGCUGCAGCUGAGGGGGAGUCUGUGCAGCCUCUCGGUGCUGAUAUUGAUGAUCUGAAAGAGGAUCUCCGCGUACAGUCGACAUCUCGAUCGCUAUCUAUCGGAGCUAGUCUGGUAGUUUGCUCUGCCACCACGUCUCUCAUCUGCUAACUCGGAGAGGAGUCAAACAAACGCUUCAGACAUGAUUCCCGACAAAGCCCCGAAGGAGGACGUCUUCCACGGGUCCGAGGACUUGAAGAAGGAGGCUCAUAUCACCAGCUUUGAGAAAUAUAAAGAGCUCUACCUGAAGUCCAUAGAGAACCCUGAUGAGUUCUGGGGUGACAUUGCCAAAGAUUUCUUCUGGAAGACCAAACACACGGGUCAGUUCCUCGACUACAACUUCGACGUGACCAAAGGGGAAAUAUUUGUCAAGUGUAUGGAGGGAGCCUCGACCAACAUCUGCUACAACGUCCUCGACCGCAACGUCCACGAGAGGAAACUGGGCGACAAAGUGGCUUUCUACUGGGAAGGCAACGAGCCUGGAGAUGAGCUGACGGUGACCUACAGAGAGCUGCUGCACAGAGUCUGUCAGUUCGCCAACGUCCUGAAGUCUCAGGGAGUGAAGAAGGGCGACCGUGUCUCCAUCUACAUGCCCAUGGUGGUGGAGCUGGUGGUGGCCAUGUUGGCUUGUGUCCGUAUCGGAGCCGUUCACUCCAUAGUGUUUGCAGGUUUCUCUUCUGAGUCUCUGUGCGAGAGGAUCAUGGACUCUCAGUGUUCACUGCUCGUCACAGCAGACGGCUUCUAUCGAGGAGAUAAGCUGAUCAACCUGAAGCUCUUAGCUGACGAAGCACUGCAGAAAUGCAGAGACAAGGGUUUCCUAGUAAAGAGGUGUAUAAUGCUGAAGCACUUGUCCAAAGAGCCAGAAGAGACUCUGGGUUCUCCUCCAGCCAAACGCUCCUGUCCGGAUCUGCAGCAGGAGAAACAGACAGGGAGAGUAAAGAAAACACGUCCUGUUCCGCAGGUCCCGUGGAAUCCAGACGUGGACUUGUGUUGGCACACUCUGGUUGGUGGAGAAUCAGACGAGUGUGAACCAGAGUGGUGCGAGUCUGAAGAUCCUCUCUUUAUCCUCUACACUAGCGGCUCAACCGGCAAGCCAAAGGGAAUUCUUCACACCAUCAGCGGCUACAUGCUCUACACUGCCGCCACCUUCAAACUGGUGUUCGACUACCAGCCUGACGACGUCUACUGGUGCACGGCGGACAUCGGGUGGAUCACCGGACACUCCUACAUCACCUACGGCCCGCUGGCUAACGGGGCCACCAGCGUGCUGUUUGAGGGACUGCCUACGUACCCAGAUGUUAGUCGUAUGUGGGAGAUUGUGGACAAAUAUCAUGUGACCAAGUUCUACACGGCUCCGACCGCCAUCAGGCUGCUGAUGAAAUACGGCAGCGAGCCGGUGCAGAAGUAUAAGCGAGAGUCUCUGAAGGUUUUGGGGACGGUGGGCGAGCCCAUCAACCCCGAGGCCUGGCAGUGGUACUACACUGUGGUGGGAGAGAAGAAAUGUCCGAUUGUCGACACCUUCUGGCAGACAGAAACUGGUGGACAUGUGUUGACUCCUCUACCUGCAGCCACACCCAUGAAGCCUGGAUCAGCUACGUUCCCGUUCUUCGGAGUCGUGCCGGCCAUCUUGAAUGAGUCGGGAGAAGAGCUGGAGGGUCCGAGUGAAGGAUACCUGGUGUUCAAACAGCCGUGGCCCGGUGUGAUGAGGAACGUCUACGGAAACCAGAAGAGGUUCGAAACCACCUACUUCCAGAAGUUCCCUGGAUACUACGUGACGGGAGACGGUUGCCGUAGGGACAAGGAUGGAUACUUUUGGAUAACAGGGAGGAUAGACGACAUGCUGAAUGUCUCAGGGCACUUAUUGAGCACAGCGGAAGUGGAGUCGGCUCUCGUUGAGCACGAGGUCGUCGCCGAGGCUGCCGUGGUGGGCAGACCGCAUCCUGUCAAAGGAGAGAGCCUCUACUGCUUUGUAACGCUCACUGAUGGAGUGACGUUCAGCCGCGAGCUGGAGGCAGAUCUCAAGAAGCAAGUACGGGAGAAGAUCGGUGCCAUCGCAACACCAGACUACAUCCAGGAGGCUCCAGGUCUCCCCAAGACCCGAUCUGGUAAGAUCAUGCGCCGGGUGCUCCGCAAAAUCGCCUGUAACGAACGAGACCUGGGCGACAUCUCCACGCUGGCCGACUGCACGGUCGUGGAGCAGCUCUUCCAGAACAGAUGCUCCACCGCGGUGUGACGACCUCCAGCAUCCUCUCAGGGAGGCUCCGACUGCAGCCGCACACGCCAGCGGCCACAGACACAACCAGGGAAGAGGAAGAGGAAGAGAAGGAGGAAUUCUACCAACUCGGUCUUGUCCAACAAACAACCUUUAGCUCCUGAUGAGUACUGCUGGUGUGCAGCAGAGUCUGUAUUUAAAAUCACCCCACUGUCCUUAUAUGUAACAACAGACAGCAGCAGCAGCAAGAGACACAAUAUCUGGUCACUAGUUAGACUUCCCACUCCUGUAGAGGUAGUUGUAACAGAUUUUAAGUGUAGGGAUGAAUGAGUCAUUGGCUGAAAUGUCGUCUAGAGUUUAACAGAGUUGCUGCUGUUUAAAAACAAGGCAGUGGUGAGUGUGACAGAGAGAAGCCAGAGGUUGUUUCAGUGAAAGACCGUCCUGCAGUUCAGCUGUGUGGACGAGGGAGAACAGAGCAUCACUUCACUUGGUUUUAUUCCAGAGUUUAAGACAACACUCAGCAAUAUCUGCUACUUAACUGCUCAAGUUAACUUGUACAACACAGUGAGUCCUCCGUCACUGUUUUCCUGCGCUGGAAUAAGGCUGAAGUGAUGUGCUGCCUUUACCUGCCCUGUAGUUAACGCAUACAAGUCAUCUCCUCCCCUCGCUCGCUGCCAUAGUACUGUUAAUGUACACGGAUGAUUAGCUAAAUCUGAGAAAGCUCAACAUUUAUACUAGAUCUAAUUUCUGUUGUAAUUUUUUUAUUUAGAUUUGUGUAAUUUUUUUUUUCUCGUUUUUAUUCCAACUAAUUUUGACGUAGGCUUCAUUUGGGUAUUUCCGUUUGUGUGUCUGUGCGCUUCUAUGUUUUUUUUGUUGUUUUUUUUUUUAUGUUUGUUUGUUCCGUCAGUGUCAGAGAAGUGUUUAGGCUCCUCUGUCAGAUGGAAACUGGGAAAGAGUGUUUUGCCUCAUGCGGCGCAGGACACCAGACAGCCGGCUCCUCUCACAGAAACCUCCAAAACCAGCUGCAGGUCUCAUGUUGAAAAGGGAAAAAUUCUGUCACGCAUCACCCAAUGACUCAAAACUGUUUCUCUGAUUGAGUCUUCUAGACUUUUAUUCAUGUUUCAUUUUUAAGUAAGACUUAAAGGUGUUGAUUAAAAAGGUACCAAAUUUAAUCCCAAAUUGACAUAAUUAUAUAGAAGUACAAAUUGAGUUAAAAAGAUCCACAGCGUUAGGAGUUGACAGAACUCAUGUGUGACAGAUUAACUCUCUUUAUUGCCUAAAGGUCAGAUCUUAAUAUGGUACUAUGAAAAUUAUAUGUUAUGAAGUCUGUUAAAUCAAAGCUAAGGCUCCGUGAAAAAGAAUAAUUUUCCUGCCUGUUGACAAGAGAACAUCAGAGAGUGAAUUCAAGCUCGUUGGUGCCGUCUUAAAUGUUUGAUUAUUCCAUGAAAAGAUCAAAACUAAUUGGUUCUUGUGAAGAUGUAUAUCUUUGAAACACCUCACAAAUGCAUAGUUAAUUUUUUUUUUUUUUUUUUGGUAGGGCUGAAACUCUCAGGAAAUCUUGGUCUUGGUGCAUCGAUUCUGACCUUUUGAUGUUUUAAUCUGUUUAAUUUACAAUUUUGGGAGGGAAAUGCUGGAGGCGAUACCCCUUUAAUCCACACGUGGUGCUCUUGUGAGUAUUAUUAAUGAAGGAACAACAGUGGAGCUCCCUGGUGUGUUUUAAUAGAUUUUGGCACAGAGGAAGAAGAUAUAUCAGACUUUAAUACAUUCAAUGUUGGUUUCGGUCCUUUCAUGGAAUACUCUAAAUUUAGACAGGGAAAAUGUGGCUUCAGAUCCAGUGUCUGCAUGAAAAGCCUACAUCUACAUCUUAAACUUCAUUUUUUCUGUACUUGAAAAGGUUAAAAAUAACACACAGUUCACAGCGUAAAAAUGAAUCAAAUACAAUUCAACAUCUGAGCUAAGAGCUCAUCUGGACCUGGAAAUGUUUCUGUUGCAGACGUCUGUGAUUGCGAGAAUAAUUUGAUUCAUCUGACAUGAACCAGAAGCAGGACAUCAAACAGAUUUCAUCAGCUUUUCAUCAUUAUUAUUGUUGUUAUUUUUUUAAUUAAUUUGUUGCCGUUUGUGUCUAAAUGUGCCAACAUAAGUAACAGUGGAGCGGGUUGUAUAAAGCUAAUAAUUGUAUCUAAUGUUUAAAAAAACAGUGCAGCUGCUUAUUUGAUUUUUGUCUGUAUAAUAAUGAGGGUGAAGGAAAGAGAAUUUUGCUGUUUGGUUGUUUUUCCCCUCUCUGUUCAUCUUUAGUUUUGUUUUCAUUUCCCUGUUUGUAUCAACGUGUAUGCAAUGACAGUAAAAGGACAUGACUACUGCCUCUCA